AUGGACAGCCUAGAGGCUUUCCGGGCACAUCUCAAUGAGACUCUCAUCCCCCACGCCCAGCGCUAUCCCCUACAGGCUAUCCUCGUCACAACAAUAGUCCUCUUCAUCACAACGAGACUAUUCACAGGAAGCUCUUCGUCAGCUAGAAAAGAUGGAGCAAAGACGCCUCCUCUCGCACCUUUCUGGGUUCCUCUGUUCGGUCACGCUCCGCGUAUCUUCCUCAGUCCCUCUUCUGCCUUGACGCGCUUCAGAGAUCGAUACACUCAGGGUGUCUUCUCAAUCCGACUGUUCCAGAGUAUUCACUCUUUUGUUUUCCGGCCUUCGCUGGCUGCUCGUCUACUUGAGCAGCCGGAAUCUGUUACCGACAAGGAGUUUGUUGCGAGACGUAUCAUGAUGACCAACUUUGGUCUUUCGAAGAAGGAUCUUGCAGAUUAUGACAAAGCUGCUGCUGAGGUUCAUGAGGUGACCAAGAAGUAUCUAAGCGAUUCCCAUUUGGAUGACCUAGCCAAGGCUACUCUCCGGGAUCUCGACGACAAUGCCGCCGAUGUGGUCACAUUCAAUAGCUAUGCUACCGAUCAAAUGGAUUGGGAGAGAAUGGCCAAUGCAGAGCUUCUAGAGAAUAUGGGUGACGAAAAGGUGAUGGCCAUCGACUUUUUCGAGCUCAUGAAGACCUUUGUUGCCAGAACUGCUACAAUCUCUGUCUUUGGCACAGACUUUGUUGAGAUUUAUCCCGACAUCUGGCCUCACCUCUGGAUCUUCAAUGACGCAUUCCACUCCUUGGCCAUGGGUGUACCUGUUUGGGCUCCUUUCCCCGGCUCUCAGCGAGCUAGAUUUGCUUUAGGUAGAUUGCUUACCUUUAUGCGGGAGUUCCAUGGCGAGUUGGACAAGUUUCUCAGCGACGAAGAACCUGCUACGAAAUGGCAGGACUUUCACACUAUCAGCCCCCUUGUCCGUGCUAGAACUGAGGUCUAUCGAAAGCAUGGUCUAUCUUCUGAUGUACGCGCUGCAUUCGAUGUUGCCCUUCUCUGGAGCACGACUGUCAAUACUACAUCGCUCAUUUCAUGGUCUCUGUUCGAACUAUAUCAAGACCCCGUUCUUCUAUCACAGAUUCGUGAACAAAUCACGCCAUAUGUCGAAGUUGUCCAGCCCAAGAACGAUUUCGGGGGCGCAGUCUGGAUCCCUCCUCAAAUCAAGAAGCUUGACCUGGAAGGCCUACUAACAAAGUGUCCUCUAUUGGAAGGCGUGUACCUCGAGACACUAAGGCUCUACGGUGGAGGAUGGUCGGCGAGAUAUGUAAAGGAAGACGUUACGCUCAAGGAUAAGGAAGACAGCUUCGUCCUGAAGAAGGGAACUUUUGCGCAUGUCAUUAAUGAUCUUCAUCACUCUGAUCCCAGAAGCUUUACCGACGCCAAGAUCUGGCAAGUUGGACGAUAUCUUGAGGACACUGUGGAUAAGGGAGUCAAUACACAGAAGAUCAACCCCUACACGAUCAAGGCAUCAGAUGGAACACUAACUAUGUGUGACGACUCGGCGUUCACUCUACGGAAGGUCCUUAUGUACAUCUCAGUCUUCAUCUCACUCUACAACCUCGAGCCGGCAGGAAGCGGUGACACUUCCUGCAUUGCUGCUCAGCCGGAACUGUUCAGAUCGCAAACUGUUUACAUGUCAAGCCCCCGAAUUCUACACAUCGCAAGCCGUGUCUUUCCUCGCCCAUUGACACCGACCUGA